AUGAGUUUUGAUUUGAAAAAGAUUGUCAGACCUAAAAUCUAUAAUUUGAAACCUUAUCGUUGUGCCAGAGAUGAUUUCACAGAAGGAAUUCUUUUAGAUGCAAAUGAGAAUGCAUGGGGUCCAACACAAAAAGAAUUAAAAGAUUCUACUUUAAACCGUUAUCCUGACCCACACCAAAUUGAAUUCAAAACUGCAUUAGCAAAUUAUAGAAACAAGACAUCAUCUUUUAAACAGAUUCCAGAUGUUUUACCGUUAACAGCAGAUAAUAUCUGUCUUGGUGUUGGGUCUGAUGAAAGUAUUGAUGCUAUCAUCAGGGCUACUUGUGUUCCAGCUAAGGAAAAAAUCUUAGUUAUGCCGCCAACUUAUUCAAUGUAUUCUGUCUGCGCGAAUAUUAAUGAUGUCGAUGUAAUUGAAUGCCCUUUGAUUGUUGGUGAUAAUAGUUUCCAAGUCAACGAGAUUAAAGCAGUGGAAAUAUUGAACAAUGAUCCUUCAAUAAAACUAACAUUUAUAACAUCCCCAGGUAAUCCAACAGGUGUCAAAAUCAACGUCCAAAAAAUUGAAUACAUUUUAAAAAAUUGGAAGAAUGGUCUUGUUGUUAUAGAUGAAGCUUAUAUAGAUUUCUGUGGAGGCUCUACUGCACCAUUAGUGACUAAAUAUCCAAAUUUAGUUACGUUACAAACUUUGUCAAAGUCUUUUGGUCUUGCAGGGAUCAGAUUAGGUAUGACUUUUGCUACAGCUGAUUUAGCAAGAGUUUUAAAUGCUAUGAAAGCCCCAUACAAUAUAUCUACCAUCACUGCUGAGCAUGGUAUAAAAGCAGUUCAAGAUCAUAAUCUAGAAUUAAUGGAAGUCAAUACCAAGACAUUAAACGAAGAAAAAAUUCGCCUUGUAAAAGAGCUAACUUCCAUACCUUAUGUGGAUGAUCAAUAUGUAGGUGGAUUGGAUGCUAAUUUCAUUUUAAUUAGAAUUAACAAAGGUGAUAAUGAAUUAGCAAAAAAGAUUUAUUUAACUUUGGCUACAAAAUGUGGCGUAGUGAUUAGAUUCAGAGGGAUGGAAUUGGGCUGUCAGGGAUGUCUAAGAGUAACAGUAGGGACGAGAGAAGAAAAUGAUAUUUUAAUCCAAAAAUUCAAAGAAACUGUACAAGAACUAGCCAAGUGA